ACACGUUGUCAACCAGUUGUGCAUGUAUGCUCAUAAAAGCAAUAUUUUGACGUUUAAAGCAUUUAACCUUGCCAACGCAGUAUAAUUCUUAUCUUGUUGUUUCCGCAAUUUGUUCAAUGAUACCGACAGGGCAGUUAAUGCACGAUCACAAACUGAAUACCGGCUAAUAUUUUGCAAUAACAGGCGAGAAUGUGGUAGUUCACUUCAAUGAGCAUGUUAAAUUCAAGGAUAAAAUAUCAAGCUGUUGAUAAUCAGGGUGAGGAUCUAGAAGAGGCAGAAGAUAUGAAACGCAAAUUCCUAACACCUGGUUGUCUUUGGCAUUCUCUAAGAACUGCUAUUCUUAUCUCUGUCUAUUUUGCACCCUCUAUAGGAUUAACUUUUUACCAACGAUGGCUGUUUCAGAGUUUCCACUUUCCUCUAACUGUGGUUUUCAUACACCUCAUUGUAAAAUUUUUCUUGGCAGCAUUUGUACGUAUUAUUUUAACUUGUGGUGGUAGACCACGGGCACAUGUAAGUUGGAGAGAUCAUAUUGUGGCAGUUGCUCCUACAGGACUCUUCAGUGGAAUUGAUAUUGGAUUUUCAAACUGGGGCCUUGAACUUGUCACAGUUUCUUUAUAUACUAUGACUAAAUCAACAGUUAUAAUUUUCAUUCUUCUCUUUGCUAUUCUAUUUAAAUUGGAGAAAAAGUCUUGGAGUUUGUGCUUUAUAGUGGUAAUGAUAUCAACAGGAUUACUUUUGUUCACAUAUAAAGCAACCCACUUUAAUAUUGUUGGAUUCGUGCUAGUACUUCUUGCCUCCAUGUCCAGCGGCGUCCGAUGGACUUGUGUGCAGUUAUUAUUGCAAAAGUCCCAUAUCAAAAUGAGCAACCCCAUUGAUAUGAUUUACCACAUGCAACCUUGGAUGGCCUUAUCAAUUUUUCCUUUUGUGGUUUGGAUAGAAGGUCUUUCAUUAAUAUCCAGCUGCCAAGUAUUUCGCAUAUCAGAUCGUGAAGUUUUAAUAAGUGUGACCAGUAAAGUGUUAUUGGGGGCAUUUAUUGCCUUUUUAAUGGAACUGAGCGAAGUCAUGGUUGUUAUGUACACCUCUAGUCUUACAUUAUCUGUAGCAGGUAUUUUUAAAGAGAUUUUUAUGUUGAUUGCGGCUGUGAAAUGGAAUGGUGAUGUACUGUCCCCCAUAAAUAUAUUGGGUCUUGUAGUGUGUCUUAGUGGUAUAAUUAGUCAUGUGAUCCAUAAAAUUAAAAUGAUUCGAUAUCACAACCCCAAUAGGGUGUAUAAAAUGGGGUUGGAAAGAUACGAAUUGAACGAGUCUUUGGUCAACAAUAUAGAACGUUUUAGUCUUACUAGUGACAGUGAUAGUGAGCAAGGAGGAAGCGAUUCGAAUGUAAUUUUUAACGUUUUACACCGACGAGAAAGGUGAUUAAUAUUUCUUCCCCAUCAGGGUGAUUUUAUUACAUCAAAUAAAAAAUAGUUAACGGAAAGUAUUAUUUUUACUUAUCUUUACACCUUCAGCUUUGUAAAGAUAUUUUGCAUUUAUUUAUACUGUAGCAAUAGUUAAAGAUAAUCGCGUUUUUGUUAAGUUUAAAUUUCAUUUUGUUGCAAGGUUAUACGAACAAAAUCAGUAUUUAUUGUUCUGCUUGUGUUAAUAAUUAGUAAAUAAUUAUGCCUGUAUUAGCUGUUCUUCUUCAAUCUUGUAUUUGAGAUACUUAAAUUUAUUUAGGUACUGUAAAUUUUAGCGAUAAAAAUUGUAAGAUUUUUUUUAGAUAUUAAUAAUUU